AUGUCUACAAGGCCAGAUCAUCAAUCGCCCAAGAAACCGGCCAAGACGCCUGUUGUUCCCAGGCCAAGCGCAAGCGUACUCUUAAUAUCUCCAACAAAUCAAAUUUUGCUCCUCCAUCGCGUGUCAAAGGCUUCUACCUUUGCUUCUGCACAUGUCUUCCCUGGUGGUGCAGUCUCAAAGACCCACGAUGGCGAGAUGCCUGGUCCAGACCAUCCUGACAGGCAUCGAGAUGGACCCGCAUAUCGCAUGGCAGCCAUCCGCGAGACAUUUGAAGAAUGCGGUAUCGUCCUAGCCAAGAGCAAGAAGACUGGUAAACUAUUUACCGAAAUCAGCGAUGAGGAAAGAGAGCAAGGUAGAAAAGCCGUUCAUAGCGGCGAAAUCAAGUUUGGAGACUUGUUGGAAAAAUGGGGAGCAGUACCCGACACUGAAUCACUAAUUCCCUUUACCCGCUGGGUAACGCCACAGGUAACGCCCGAGAGCCUGCCCAAGCGUUUUACGACACAAAUGUAUAUUUACCUGCUCCCUCUUGGCUCUGGGUCACCAACAAAGCAUACUGCUCUCCAGGGCACGCCACCCGCUUCGGGCCUGGAAGAAGAGGCCGAAAUCAUCAUUCCGAAGCCCAGGCACGACGGAGGCAUCGAACAUACUGCCGCACGUUUCUUACCUCCAAACAAAUGGAUUGAUCUCGCACGGCAAAACAGAAUCAUCUUGUUUCCCCCGCAAUUCUUCCUCACACUCAUGCUCUCCCCGUAUCUAGCUGCAACCGUAACUUCGCCAUCUUCACCUACUCCCUCGCUAUCUGAACUCCAGGCCGAGCGCGGUAGACUCCUUGAUUUCCUGCAGAAGCCACGCAUCUACAAUGGCCAGCCUGAGGUUCCGUUCACUGAAGCUUGUAUCUCGCCCAUUGUCUUAGGCAAGGGUGAGUACGGUGAGAGCGAGCAGGAUGGUAUUGGCGGCGUAGAUAAGAGCACAGCCGUGCUUGUUUUGGAUCGACCGGGCAAAGAAGUGGAGGACCAGGGACAGGGUAGGAGAGGGAUUAGGGAGUGGGUCAUCACUGCGAAGUUUAAGAAGGAGGGGCCGAGGGAUGUGGAUGUUAAGAGGAGGGAGGAGAUUCUAGGGAAGGGGGUCAAGGGAAAGUUGUAG